CACCGGUGAGCUGUAAAGGAGCGGACCCGCUGGAGGACUCCAGCAGAUGGCAGCCGUGACACUCCAAAGGUGCUAGCCGUCAUAAAACCUAAAAGAAGAAGUCACGCUGUUUUUUCCUUUGAAAGAGGCUGAUGCUUCCCAGUGUCUCCCGCUGCACUCGGCCCAUCUACCUUUCUGUAGCUCGGCCUCUGGCUCACUUCACACCACCCAUGGACCCGGACCCUCACCGGCCUGUUGAAACAACCAUCAGAACCAAACUGACUGAAAAGUUCAAGCCCGACCACUUGGAGGUCCACAACGAAAGCCACAUGCACGCGGUUCCCCCCGGAUCCGAGUCUCACUUCCGAGUCCUGGUGGUCAGCUCGCAGUUUGUGGAUCUGCCGCUGAUUCAGCGCCACCGUCUGGUCAAUGAGGCGCUGAAGGAGGAACUGAGUAGCUGUGUCCAUGCAUUGGCCAUCCAGGCAAAGACCCCUGAGCAGUGGGACGUGGACCCCGCUCUGGGCAAGAGCCCGCCCUGCAUGGGGGGUUCGAAAAACGACCAAACUGUGGAGGAGAAGCUGAAGGCCGGGCGGGAAUGAAGCGCUGGACACUCACAACCUGCUCUUUGGUUUUAUCUGCUCUGAAGGUAAAAUGAUUGAAGAAUAAACCAUCUCUUCACAUUAAUAUUAAUCUGCCAGGAUUUCCCUGAUGUUGGUGUAAAACUGAGUACAGAUGAGAACCAUCAGGUUGGUCUUCUGUGCUUUUCUGCUGCUGAAUGUAAAUAAAAGUGAUUUCUGAGAUUCA